AGGUCAAUGGCUUUGACCACUGACAAAGCAUGCAGGCUCUGUAAAGACAGUCUCGGAGUUAAAAGAUAUUCUCAGAGUUAUGCCUGUCAGUUUCAAGCUUUCAGUUGGCUCACGUAUUCUUGUGAGGGCUGCUGUGGAAAGCUGUGUGGCUUCCGUCUCCUAACAACUGCAGCAGAGCAGUCACAAUGGGAACUGUUCUCAGGGGGUUUUCUUUUCGAGUGUGAAGCUAGUGAAGAAAGAAGACACUGCCUGUGAUUAGACUUCUGUAGAAUCUGUAUUUUUUUCCUUUUGAAAUUGCUGAAGAAAGAUGCCUUCCCUGAGAGGAAAAGCGCAGACUGUCUUGGGCCUCGUGGAGCCGGACCAGCUUGGCUACACGUUGACUCAUGAGCACUUGUCAAUGAACUACAGCAGCUGUUUUUGUCCACCUUCACCAGGCCAAGAGCCUUUGUCUGAUGGGCCCAUUGAGAUGAAGAACUUGUUUUGGAUAAAGCAGAACCCCUACAGCCAUAAAGAAAACCUUCUUUUGUGUCAGGAAAGGGAUGCUGUAAAGGAGGAGCUGUUGCAUUUUAAAGCAGCAGGUGGCGGGACUGUCGUGGAGAACACGACCACAGGAAUCGGUCGGGAUAUGAAUACUCUGAAGAAACUUGCUGAAGAAACUGGAGUCCAUAUUAUUGCUGGGGCUGGGUUUUAUGUGGAUUCCACUCAUUCUUCUCAAACACAGACUAUGACAGUGGAGCAGCUUACAGACGUUAUUGUUGGUGAGAUACUGAACGGAGCGGAUGGGACUAGCAUCAAGUGUGGCGUGGUGGGGGAAAUAGGCUGCUCCUGGCCCCUGACCCAGAGCGAACGCAGAGUGCUCCAGGCAACCGCGCGCGCCCAGUCGCAGCUCGGAUGCCCCGUGAUCAUCCACCCCGGCAGGAACAGCGAUGCGCCCUUCCAGAUCAUCCGCAUUCUGCAGGAAGCUGGGGCUGACGCUUCCAAAACUGUCAUGUCUCACCUCGACAGGACUAUAUUUGAUACAGAGAAACUUCUGGAAUUUGCUAAACUUGGGUGCUAUUUAGAGUAUGACCUAUUUGGUACGGAAUUUCUUCAUUACCAGUUCCAUCCUGACAUCGACAUGCCGAGUGACAAUGAAAGGAUUGCAAGGGUUCGGAUGCUGAUCAAUGAAGGCUAUGAAGACAGAAUUCUGAUGGCUCAUGAUGUGCACACGAAGAACAGGUUGAUGAAAUAUGGAGGUCAUGGAUAUUCGCAUAUCCUUAAAAACAUAGUUCCUAAAAUGCUCAUUAGAGGCAUCUCCCAAGAUAAAAUUGAUAAAAUACUCCUAGAAAAUCCAAAGCGGUGGUUGACUUUUAAGUAAGAAUAGUGAAUAAAUUUAUAAAUUUCUGUUUUAUAGGGGAGCUUGGCAUAAUUCAAAUUCAUUUCAGAAGAGCAGUCAUGCUUAUUGUCAGAAACUGGAAGGUAUUCAUGUUAUGAACAACCUGAUCAGGACUUUUCUUUUUAAUUAGAACAACAAAACUAUAUGUUUUCUCCCAUCUGAAAGUCUGUUCGUGAAGGAUUUACUGGAUAUGAGCCUACCUGCAAAAUCUUUUCAAUGUAUUAAAAUAGUUGUUUCCAGAGAGUAAGCUAGUAAUACUAGUACGUUAUCCAAGACUAUUUUUGAAGAUGCAUCAUCAGGGCUUUGAAGAAAAUUACAGCUUUCAAUUAAUUCCCCUUUUUCUACAGGGUGAUUUUAAUUAAUUAAUUCCUGCAAUAUUGAUACUCUGCUAAUUAUCCUUAUAUCAUUUAAAUAAUGCUAGGUAAAAGGUUUGGCACUUUGAAAUACCUUCCAAGUAGAACAGAAGUCAAAAGAAAUUUCAAAUAAUUCUGAACAGAUACUGUUUCUUUUUCAUUUAAUCAUUUACUUACUUUAAACCGAAAGUGUAAAAAAUACAUGGAAAUAAUUAUUUUUGAAUAAAACAAUUUGUAGACCUCUUAAGCUAUGUGUGGUAUUGUUAUGGAUGUCUGUUUUUUAACCACAUUAAUUUUUCAUUGGGGAUUGAUGGAAUCUCACAGCGAUCAUGUGAAACUGCAAUACAGACCAGCUUCUUUUUGCAAGGAUGCAACACCAAAAGGCAAAAUAUAUUACAUAAUACGGUUUUAAUGAGUUGCAAUAGUUAUAACAAAGGUUGGGAUAUAAGUCUUUACAAAUCAGUAUAUCAAGAUAUGAUGAAAAAGGAAGAAAUGUUUGCCUUAUAUGUGUUUUUCACAUAAAUUGUGUUCUUUCCUCUUGUCUAACUUUAAAGCAGGGCAGGUGAUUUACCCAAAAAAAAAAAAAAAGGUCUUACCCAGUAGCAAGGGUAGCCUGAUUUCGAAAGCUUCUUCAAAUUUGACCUUAUAUGUCUUGUAGUAUUGACCUUUUCCAAUAAAUACCUUGGUAAAUAUGCAUUGUUAGUUGUAAAUGAUCGCUAGCUUGGCACACUGCUGCUUGCUGCUGCACAGACAAUCUCCAGCUACACCGCUGCGAGUGCACUAACCAUUGAAAGCAGUUGUGGACUGAACAGACGUGAAGUCAGUUACACAUCUGGUAUUAAAGUAGUAGAAAAAAAA